AUGGCGUCUCACCCCGAAGGACAGGCCCUCGAUGAUGUCGCCCACAAUCCUCAUGCGUCGGCCAACAGAUGGCGCCAUCAAGAGAGCUCAGCGUUCGCGCGUCAUGCUGCCCAGGCCCACGCUCAUGGAGUGCCCCGGGACCCCCAGGACCGUGGAUCCACGAACGAUCUUGCCAGCUUCCUCAACCGCGACCGCGUCGAGCCCGAGAACCCCAACGCUGCACCCAACUUCAAGCCGAUCAUGAUUGCCGCCGGCGAGGCCACCGGCGAUGAGCAACCUCGCGCGACAACCGCCCACUCCUACGAGCAACCGGAUGCCCCCGAUGGCAGGGAGAUCAUCUGCGGCCCGCUGCUCAACUACCGGAGGAUGGACGCUGACCGCUGGUACGGGAGCGUCUUGAUCGUCACUAAGGGUGGCGGCAAGACGCAAAGUUUUGCGCCGAACCUCAUCAUACGUCCCGCUGGCUCUGCCGACAACCAGCACGCUGCUCCCGAUGCGAAUGGAGUCAAGGCCACGAACGGUGCCGUCAACGGCGAGGGCUCCAGCGGCGCAAACGGAGCGGGCCCGAACGGCACUCAAACGCAGGGCCAAUGCCUUUACUCCGACCCGCGCAACACGUUCUGGGCCUUCGACCUGUCGGUUCCUAUCACGCAGGCCGAGGAGAAGUGGGAGUACCUGAUCCCAGACAUGCGAUACUCCAGCAUCAGACCAGACCGCUACCACUUCUUCGUUCCGGCUAUCAACGAGUCGAUGCGCAUCAUGUUCCACUCUUGCAACGGAUUCAGUGUCGGCACUGAUGAGGACGCGUGGAGCGGACCUGCCUUGUGGAACGACGUCAACAGACACCACAAGGAGCGGCCUUUCCAUGUCAUGCUUGGCGGAGGUGACCAGAUUUACAACGAUGGUAUUCGAGUCGACGGACCCUUGCGCGAGUGGACCGAAAUCUCGAACCCUAAGAAGCGCAAGCACUUCCCCUUCCCAGAGAAGCUUCGCCAGGCUUGCGACGACUACUACCUGAAGAACUACAUUAGAUGGUACUCCACUGAGCCCUUUGCGACUGCCAACGGCCAGAUCCCGCAGCUCAACAUCUGGGACGAUCACGACAUCAUCGACGGGUUCGGUUCCUACGUCGACGACUUCAUGCGAUGCGACGUUUUCAGGGGCAUUGGCGGAACCGCCCACAAGUACUACAUGCUGUUCCAGCACCACCUCCCACCCCCGGUUUCGACCUACACCACGGAUCGCACGACAACACCUGAAGGACAGGGACUGGACCCCAAUCAGCUCAUGGACACCUACGUGGCACCCGCCAAGUCUGAUCCCAGUUACAUCGUUGGAACACAGCCUGGUCCGUAUGUGGCGGAGCAUUCGCACAACAUGUUUGCCCGACUUGGUGCGCGUAUUGCCUUCCUUGGUAUUGACGCUCGAACCGAGCGCACACGGCACCAAAUCAACUACCCCGAGACGUACGACCUGAUAUUCGGCCGCCUUCGACACGAACUGAAGUCAGCUGCGGAGUCGGGACGACCGCUGAAGCACUUGAUUCUGUUGCUGGGAAUUCCCAUCGCAUACCCUCGCCUGACAUGGCUUGAAAACGUCUUCAGAAGCCCCAUCAUGGGCCCUGUGAAGUUCUUGAACCGGAGAUUCGGCCUUGCCGGCGGCGUUUUCAACCACUUCGACGGCAGUGUCGACUUGCUCGAUGAUCUUGACGACCACUACACGGCUAGGACCCACAAGAAGGAGCGUGGAGCUUUGGUCGAGAGACUUCAGGCUAUCGCAUCGGAGUUUUCGGUGCGCAUCAGUAUCCUGGGUGGCGACGUGCAUCUGGCUGCGCUGGGUCGCUUCUACUCCAAUCCUCGCCUGAACAUCGCCACCGAGAACGACCACCGUUACAUGGCAAACGUGAUCUCAUCUGCCAUCACCAACAAGCCGCCUCCGGCAGCCAUCGCCAACCUGUUGGCGAGAAGAAACAAGAUCCAUCACCUCAACCAUGACACGGAUGAGACUCUUCUGAAGUUCUUCGACAAGGAUCCAGGCAACUCGAACAAGACGUCAAGCUCGAACCACGUGACCAUGCCUAGCCGUAACUUCGCCAUCCUGACGGAAAACUCGCCCAACAACGGCCUUGCGGCACCCUCGGUCAAUGGUGAUGCGCGAUCGACGAUUUCGGGCAAGGGUGGGCACGAUUACCUCCACCUCGGUGAGCUCGAAUCUGGUUCAAAGCACAAGGCGGCCACGACGCAGCACGGAACCGGUAGCGACGGCAGCUUGGAUAUCUGCAUCCGCGUCGAGGUAGAUCAGCACAACCCUGAGGGUAUCACGGAGGGAUACGGCCUUACCGUGCCCCUGCUGAAAUACAACGCCCAGCCGGAGCCGGUAAAACCGUUCCCUGAGCAAGAGCGCCCGAACGGAGCCGGAGAGUAG